GCUCCUCUUCUCUCAUUCACCCACUUUUAAGCUUUAUGCUUCUUGCCGGUGUGAGUGGACUGAAAUUAACGGCGGUCAUUGGUUGAAUGAUGAGGAAUCCGAAUGAAGGGAAAGGUAGAGCGUGGUGUAGGCUCUAUGUUUUGGAGGCACUAAGAGACGAUGAUUGUGGGAGAUUGCCGAAAAAGAAGAAUGUUGUAUGAGAUUGAGAUGGAGAUGGAGUAUUAUGGUGGAGCAGCAGCAUCCAGGGCCUGCGAGAAUGAGUUGGGAGUUGUUGUGUCUGCAGAUCCCAAGCCCCGCCUCAAGUGGACACCAGAAUUGCAUGAGAGAUUUGUUGAUGCUGUCACUCAACUUGGAGGACCUGACAAGGCCACCCCUAAGUCUGUGAUGAGGGUGAUGGGUGUCAAAGGCCUUACAUUGUAUCAUUUGAAAAGUCACCUCCAGAAAUACAGGCUUGGCAAGCAAUCCCACAAGGAAGCUAACACCGACUCACACAAAGAUGCGAGAAAUAACUCGGCUGCCAUGGCUCUUGACAUCAUAUGCCGAGGAGGCAAUACGAUAACAAAUCAAAAGGAGGCAGUACAUAUUGCAGAGGCCUUAACUACUCAGAUACAAGUGCAGAAAAGGUUACACGAGCAGCUGGAGGUUCAGAGAUGCCUGCAGUUGAGGAUAGAAGCGCAAGGUAAGUAUUUGCAGACAAUAUUAGAGAAGGCCCAAGAGACAUUAGUGUACCAAAGUUGUGGUCCUUCAGGGCUUGGAGUGGAGCAAGUGAAAAGGGAGAGUCACACAGAAGGCAUUGGUUCCACUUUGUCUGUCGUCUCUUCAUUGAUAGACAUGCCGCCCACACAAGAUAACCACAACCAAUGCAGGGAUUGUCUUUCCUCUCAGAGCUACCUUGGUGGUGUUGUGGGUAAUGAUCAUUUUGAGAGGAAAAGUCUAGGGGAUGUCAAUGAGAGCAAUGAGACAGACGAUGAAGAUCCACUAUCAAUGACAUGGAAGAACACAACACUGAGCAUGAAGUUGAAAGGGUGUGCUCAAAAUGAGAAUUCCUUGAGAGUCUUCCAUCAAACAGAUAUGCCCAUGCUUGUUCAAUCUAAUACCCAUUUGAUCCAUGAUUACCUCAGUCAUGAACAAGGAUUGUUUAAGAAUUUCAACACCCCUUGCUCCCCAUCUAUGUUGGGGAAAUGCAGAAAGACAAUUGAAGGAUUGGAUCUCAAUAUCAGAGGGGAAGGAGUUGGAAAUGCACCACACCAGGGAAUACAGUUGGAUCUCAAUACUUAUGAAUGGGGGAGGUGAGCAUAUUAAUGCAUCCACCUAUAUCAUUUCACUCAUCUUGUACAUAGCUUUCUCGACAUUUUGCUUGUAAUCAAAUGGAACAGAAAUGUCAAAUAAAUUGACUUUGUUAAAUUCCACUCA